UAUAGAAAUGGCAAACAUACACACUUUUGUGUUUGCUGCAGGGUUAUUUUGAUGGCCCAAGAAACAAAACAACAUCGCCAAUGUUUCCUCAUGUUGUGGGACAGCCCUGUACUUCCGCGACUGUUCUCAUUCACUUUAUAAGACUAUGACUGUUUAUAAAUUUAGUACGGUACGCCGAUGACUUUAGAGUUUACCGUGCAGAAGAUGGUGUUGACACUUACCACGGCAGUGCGUUUACGUCAUACGGUAUACGCAUGCGUACAAGUGUUUAUGGCGGUAGUAGGUGGGUGUUGCUGCUGUUGCCCGGGGCCGAGAGCGGAAGCAAAGCGAAUUACUGGAUACAGGAACUCGGGGAGCUGUAGUGAGACAGACCGCAACACCGGCUGCCGGGGGCACCCAGCAGCGCAGCGGUUGGCAGUAUGGCUCGCGAUUACGAUCAUCUUUUUAAGCUGCUCAUCAUUGGCGACAGCGGUGUUGGCAAAAGCAGUCUUCUGUUGCGAUUUGCAGACAACACAUUCUCAGGUAGCUAUAUUACCACUAUUGGAGUUGACUUCAAGAUCCGAACAGUGGAAAUUAAUGGUGAAAAAGUGAAGCUCCAGAUCUGGGAUACUGCUGGCCAAGAACGGUUUCGCACCAUCACAUCCACGUAUUACAGAGGCACUCAUGGUGUAAUUGUGGUCUACGACGUUACCAGUGCAGAAUCGUUUGUGAACGUCAAACGAUGGUUACAUGAAAUUAACCAGAAUUGUGAUGAUGUGUGCCGCAUAUUGGUGGGGAACAAGAACGACGAUCCGGCUCGGAAAGUGGUGGAGACGGCUGAUGCACAGAAGUUUGCAGAGCAGAUGGGAAUACAGUUGUUUGAGACCAGCGCUAAAGAAAAUCUGAAUGUGGAGGAGAUGUUCAAUUGCAUCACAGAAUUAGUCCUGAAAGCCAAGAAAGAAAAUCUGGCAAAACAGCAGCAGCAACAGCAGAACGAUGUGGUAAAACUGACAAAAAACAGCAAAAGGAAGAGAAAGUGCUGCUAAUUGUGAUUAGGGGGCUUCACUUUCAGUAUGGACUCCAAAAGUCAUGUGUCUCAAGCCUUUGUAUCAUCACACAGUUCCAACAAAUUUGCCAUUUUUCUGGGGGAAGCCUGGGACCGAUUAUUUUUCCUGGAUUUUCGUAGAUGUGAGCUGUCUUCUGGAGUAGGUCUGUCCCGGUUUUACCCCCGGGGUAACAACACUGAUGACACUUCAUUGCCAACAGGUUCCUUUCUUGGUCAGUUUGUUUUCCUGCUCUUUGCAGAAGACGUCCAGUGGAAAUGCAGCCACAUGCCGUGGACUGGUUGGUUAUGGAGGUUCAUGUAAAUGUCGAACAUUGCUCUAACCAUCUGCCGCCAUCUCUUCAUCGCUUACUUAAUGCAUCUUUUUUUGCCAAUCAGUUUUGAAUAUUAUUAUUAUUAUUUUAAUACAGAGAAGAUAUUGUUAGACUUCAUUCAUUAACUGAUGUUUUGAGACUGUGACCAUGCACCUGGGAUUGUUUGCACUUUGCUCUUACAUCAGAUCCAUACUUCAGUUUGUGUUCAAGUAUUGCAAAAGGAACAAAAUCCCUGGACUACUUCAGAUACAUUAAUCAGACUUGAACUGAAACUUUUUAUGUACUGAAAUAUUGAAAACAGAUUCUGAAUGUUAAAUUCCUUUCUGUACCCUUUUUACACCAGUGGUGAGCCUCAAAGAUUGCUGUUGUGUUGCCCCCCCCCCCAAAAAAAAGUGUAACAUUGCAUUUUCAGCCUUGGAUUCUGUGGCCCUUCGAGAGAACAGAAAAAUGGGUCAAAUAAAAUGUGAGUACUUGUUUCCUUUGCAAGUUGACUUUGUAAGCAGAAGUGAUAUUCUGCAGUGUCCCCAUUUGCUCCCCAGUUUGUAUAGCCCAUUUAAAGCAGUAUUUGCUCGUAUCCCACAGCUGUGGCACAGACUAUGGGGUAGGUCCCUUUUUGUCAUAGUGGCUGGAUGUGUUUGAGAAGCACAGUGACAUUUUGAUGCUUGUGUUUAGUUUAGAAGGUCCCUCCAUACCCAUUGUUGCACGAUCUUCUGUUUGAGACACAUCAGCCUGUUCUUUUAGCCUGCCAUUGGCUUUUCCAGUUGCAAAGUACAGGACAGUUAGAAUGAAUUAAAACUAGAAGUUCAACUCUAGUUUUUCUGCUAGGGGGUGUUGGGUAUAUUUUUUUUGGCUGCUGCUACUAAAGUCGAAUAUAAUUGUCAGAGAUACAAAUGAAAGAUGUUUGAAUAUAAUUGACCAGUUAGCUUGACCUGUUUGUAUAGCUGACUUCAGUGACACAAGAAUUCCUUGGAAUAGAAGUGUUAACAUAAUGUGACCCCCCCCCAAAAAAAAAAAUCUUCCCUCCACUCCCAUUGUGUGUCCCAUCAUUCAGGCAUUUGCAAAUGUUUUGUCAUAGACCUCCUGCUACUGUUACCCUAGUGGCUAACUGUCACAUACACUACCAAAGUGGAACUUGGUGUCAUACCAUUCGAUGUGUGCAUGCAUGCAUGCUUCCCAUGUGUUCAUUAUUCUGCCUACUUUGCAGAACGUUGCUUAGCAACCUUUUGCUUGCUGCUUGACCCACUGCUACCCUAAUGUAUUCUCCUAAGCCUCCUCCUGAAGUCCAGCAACUUUUCUCCCCCAGGAUGGGAGAGCCAGCAGUGUCUGGUAUCUUGGCAUCCUCCACAGACAGCUUCUCAAAUGGCCCAGGUUGCUGGUUGUCUGGGUCACAGUCAAGACAUGUACCUAUGUGCGCACCAUAAGAGUCUGCAUACAUGUAUUGUAUCCAAGAUGCAACCAUCUUUUAACAGGUGUUCUAGCUAUUUUGAGAAACAGAAAGGUAUGUAUUUCAAAGCCACACUGUAUGUUCCCUCCUCUUAGUUCCCAUGGGUGAGAAAUGUAUAUUUAUACUAAACUUUGGAUAUUUAUAACUGUUUCACUGCAUUUCUGUGUUUGACAAUUUGAAAGAGCUGUACCAGGCCCACACGGAGUAUAACCUUUUCUGAAGGAGUUAUUUGUAUGCAGAGUAGAGCGAGUAAAAAUGCAGUGAUCAACCAUUUGGUAGCAGUUAUGUUUAUUAAAGUUUUGCAGGGUUUAAUCCUAACCUGUUAGGUGCUUAACCUCAUUUCUGUUAUGACAGAAGGAUCCCAAAUGCAUUCUUUGUUGCCUCUCUUGGCUGAUUCCUGAUGAUAAUAUAUUGCUCCUACCAAUGUUUUCUUCUGUGAGACAUGGAGGGUAAUAGAUAUGAGCCUGGGUAUGAAUAAAACCCUUUUCUAUUGGCUGUUCAACCAAGGCUGAAAGAGUUCACUAUGUGCAUCAAGUGUAUUACUUGGCUCAUUUGUUUGUGCUACUUUCUGCUUCUGUAUCUUGAUAGAUUUUCCCUGCAGGAUCCCUCAAAUAAAAGCACAAUUAUUUGUCAUUUGGGCCAUCCCUACUAUGUAGUGGAAGGUUUCCUAGACUGUGGCAGCAAAGCAGGCAUACAUGUUUGCUGUUACUUUGGUGUCUGUUAAAGAAUGUUUUAUCUUUGGGGGGAGCACGUGGGAUACAUUAUAUUUGAAAUGUUUCCCCUUUUCAUUGUAUUUCCAGGCUGUAGUAGCAUAUUAGUGGAAAAUGUAGUUAGAAAACAUUAUGAAUACAUGAAAGUUACAGAAGAAUUUAGGGUACUUCGUCACACAUUAGUUUUCACCCUUUCUUGUAUGUUUUUCAGAAAGGGGUUUUCUGCUAGUAUAGUAGCAUUUGGUUGAGGGUGGGGCAAGUAAUGGUUGCCUUUAUCCUCUCAAAUUAACUUAUAUGGUGAGAGGGAUGUAUUUUGCACCUUUGUUAUGUUCUAGGUAACUGGCCAGAAGCAGAACUCAUGAAGUGACUGUGUUGGCAAACAGAGAUGGUCAGUUUGUGUAUAUAAGACAAAACCCAACCCUACCCCCUCAUGAUGAAGACUGUGCCCCGUACACUCACUGCUUGGUGUAAAGUGAUUGCUUCAUCUCAACCCCCUUUUUAAUUUUGUCAGCAAUCAUUUCUUGUCCAGUACUGCUUUUCAGCAGUUUUGUAUGCGAGGGUAAUUUAGCCCUGGAUUGAUCAAUAGAUUACUCACUGCAGGAGGUGACCCAGAGGCUUUACCCUGUAUUUAAUAGCAUCUAAAGUAGAUGAUUUUUGUCCACUUUCCCACUUGAUCGUGCCAUCUAUUUAUUGGACUGUGUUUUUGCUCUGCGUGCUGUAUUAGGAGCCAAGACGCAAGCUGUGAAGGGGUAUCACUCAGGCAGCCAUCUGGGUACAUUGUGUUCUCACCAGCAUUAGGGAUGGCUGUGUGCGCGCAACUGUGCGUGUGUGUGCGUCCACUUAUGUGCGUGCGACUGGCUCUUACCCACCAUCUCCUUUAAGAUGGCUUCAUCCACCCUCCUUGUAAAUGUAAUCAAGCACCCAGGCUACAAGUUGAACUUGGGUCAGCUGGGCCAUAGUUAGAACUUUUGCCUUCAUAUAGCACCAAUGAGUAAAGUAGACCAAGUUUAAACUGAGUUGGUUCCUGUUCCCACUGUUAAACUUCUUGAUUGCUGUUCUUGUAGGAACUUGGUGUGAGUGCAGUUUUCUGUUUGCAUGCUGGCUGUUAUCUCAUUUGUGUGGGCGUUUCUUCGUCUUUGUUUGACUGCGUUAAGUUUGGGGCAUAUCUGAUGCAAAUAAACCCCUCCCCCAACACACACACAUACUUGCCCUCUUAACUAAAUGCUUUUUUUUUCUGGUUUUUGUUGACCUGAAGCUUCAACCCAGGUGUGUUUCAUCCAGGUGAAGCUUGGGGGAAUUUAAACUUGAACUGUAAAUAAAGAUAUCUAGAGUGUUUCUAACUCCAGGGUGGUUAUAAUCAGGGAUACGCCUGGUUCUUGCAGCAGAAAAUGAUUCACAGGCAAGUUCUAGGGCAAGAUGGAGCCAGAUUAGAAUUUCAUCUCUAGAGUUUUGUACAGGAAAGUAGUUUUCUCUUCUCAAACCAACAACAGCUGUUUGUUGUUGUGAUGAAGUGAGUUGCAAGGGGAAGGUUUAUCAUGUUCUGUAAUAUAAUGUCCGUUAUAUUCCUUUCAAAGCUUGUAUGGGGUUAGAAACUGAUCCACAAGUUUUUUUAAGGCAGCAAUACAGUACCACAUUUUAACUUUUUAAAUAAAAAAUGGUAAUUUGAUGGUAGACCAUCUUCUUUGCAUCAUGUUGUUUCUGCAGUGACAUGUCUUGUUCAGCAGCACUUUGAAGCUCUUGAAACAUGGUGGUCUGGUAUAGAGAGGUGUAUUAAAUUUGUCAAUGUGCAGAGUUUGCACACCAUGGAGAGAGGUCUAGUCUUAACCUAGCCAGGUUCUGAAUGCUUUUUAAACUCAAAGGUAAAAAGUAAAGAGAUUAAUAAAGAUGAUCUGUUUAA